UCAAGGCUCAGAUUGCCAGUUAGUUAUUAUGCUAAAUAAUCAACCGCAUAAGUGUUUAUAAAACGUAAGUCGACAUACAAUUAGAAUCUUUUUUUUAAUCGAAUUCUAUAUGAAAUAUUAAUAAACAUGGGAGAAAGGUACAACAUUCAUAGUCAGCUUGAACAUCUUCAAAGCAAAUAUAUUGGCACAGGACAUGCGGACACUACGAAGUAUGAAUGGCUGACAAACCAACACCGCGACUCAUGCUGCAGUUACAUGGGACAUCCAGAUUUAUUGAGCUAUUUUGCUAUUGUUGAAAAUGAAUCAAAAGCACGCGUGAAGUUUAAUUUAAUGGAGAGAAUGUUACAACCUUGUGGACCUCCACCUGAAAAACCUGAGGAUUAAAUUUUCCUUUCUGUAAUUGACUGAAUUUUAAUUUCUGGCUUUUAUAUUAAAAUUUGGAUUUAUGUAUUAAAUUUUUCCAAGUAUCA